AGCCGCUGUCGCCUCUCUGUGUGUGUUACACCGUGUGUCUGUGAGCGGUGUUGAUAAUUCCGCCGCGGGUGUCAGCAGGUGAAGGCAGCGCGGUUGUCGGCGGACAGGAGGGGGAAGUGUUGUCACUGAGUCUGCAGCUCUCCUCCAGCAGUCAUGGCCGGGAUUAAAGCUCUCAUCAGUCUGUCCUUCGGAGGGGCCAUUGGUCUCAUGUUUCUCAUGCUUGGAUGUGCUCUCCCUGUGUACGACAAAUACUGGCCUUUGUUCCUCCUCUUCUUCUACAUCCUCUCUCCGAUCCCUUACUGCAUCUCGCGGAGGGUGAUUGACGACACAGACUCGGCCAGUAACGCCUGCAAAGAGCUGGCCAUCUUCCUCACGACGGGCAUCGUCAUUUCAGCCUUCGGCCUGCCCAUCGUCUUCGCAAGAGCUGAAGUUAUUGCCUGGGGGGCGUGUGCGCUUGUGCUAACGGGUAACAUAGUCAUCUUCGGGACAAUCCUGGGCUUCUUCCUCGUCUUCGGCUCCAACGACGACUUCAGCUGGCAGCAGUGGUAAAGCAGCAGAGGGAGGGAACGGGGGGGGGACCUUAGUCUGAACUGUUUUUAUUAGCAUUAUUAUUAUAAUUAUUAUUAUGGUAUUACUGUUUGGUUAUUGUUGUUGUUAUUUAUAUGAUGACCACCACCCAUCAAUAGACUCACACCAAACCAGUGCAAUACGUUGUUUUUCUUUUCUGUUUUUACUGCCUGCAUCAUGUUGAACUGAAACUAUGGUGGGACGGAAAACUGACUCUCACUUUUUAAUCAUUCCACGUUUUGAAUUUUGCUCUCUGACUUCUGUGCGUCAGUUUUCGUUUUUGAGCAACGCCAAACAACUUCUUGCGUUAUCUGUGAAACUAAUCAAAAACAGACACUAAAAUUCAAUCUCACCAAAAGGACAGGGUCAGUGUCUGUGGCUUCUAUUUUGUCCCAAUUAGUUAAUUCACUGAAAAUGCUGUGAAUAAGCUUCUUUUUUUCCCCACUAUGUUGAGAGUGAGACUACAUCCAUACUACUACAGCUGGUGUCCUCGCUACUACGGAGUUUUAGUGCUGCUUAAAUGGAGACUUUGGAAACUCUACCGGCUGUUUUCUUUUGACGUGAGUUUAUUUAUUUUCGUCACACUAAAGGGCACAAAUGCAGCUGAUAGAUUCUCAGCUUGUUGUUUAUGUUCUGCUAAAAUCACUAAGCUGUGAAACUUGGCGAACAAAUCUAGAGGAAAGAUGUGUGUUGUGAGAACUGGGCUUCACUGCCACCAACCAUACACAACCUUCAGACCUUUUAAAAUGUCACUUAAAUCUGCUGUCCCCCCAAAAAUGUGAUCGCUCUCUCUGUUUCUAGUCACAUGAAAUAAGGCAGCGGCCCUCAGAGGUGUUUGUUUCCUCUCAUCGCAGAGAAGAGGAUUAUAUUCAAACAGCCUGACGGCCCCUGCAGAGAUCAAAUUAAACUGACUCUGUGAUUUCCCAGGUGCCAACAGGAUGCAGGCUGCUUAUUCAUUCGUGUUGUUUCGCAUCUGAUAGCUUCCUCAAACGACUGCGUUAGCGUCGCGGUGUCAGGUCAAGAGAGCACGGAAAGCCUGCGGUGGCUGCCAGCUAGUGCGGGAUAAGCUGGAGGUCAUCAGGCAAGCAACAGUAUAAGACCUGGGCUACUUAUAAAGACGGUCAGCUGCUAACAGCCCUUAAGCUUUUAAAUGUGACUCCCGUGUUUGGACUCCUUCAAAGUAAAAGAAUCCAGACGCUCUAUGUUCAUUAAUUUAACACAUUAGGUCCAGAUUCUGAGUUCAUGCCGUCACUUUUCCUCACACCAGCAUGACCCGGAUCAAAAACACAAGUUAUGUCUCAUUAUUUCUUUAAAUUUUCAAGUUUUUUGUUUUAUUUCCUCUUCCUGUGUGAAGGAAAUGUGUAUUUUGUUUUGUUAAAUCUGUUCUGGGAUCAGUUUGUUGCAGCUCUCCUGUCAUUAUGUUUAACUGAAUUAGCGUCGGCUAAACGCGGAUUAAUGCAUCUGCUGCCUCGUCGAAGCACUGUUGAGUCGAGUGUCGAACAAGUUAGAUUUUUAUUUCUGUGGAUGUUGUUUGAAAAUGUGUUCUCUGGAAGAUCUUUUAAACAAAUGUUUAGAUUUUAUUUUGUCCUUUUCAAGAAGUUUUUGUCACUUUGGGCUGCAACUAAUUCAUUCGCAGGUUAUAUCUUCGAUCAGUUGAUUUAUAAAUUGGUCCAUAAAACAUCUACAAAAAAAAAAAAACCACGGAGCACAAGGGGACGUCAUCAAGGUUCUUGUUUUGUUCAACCCCUAAAAUAUUUAAUUGAUUUUCAUUUUAGACAAAGAAAAGCAGCAAAUUCUCACAUUUUAGAAAUUGGAGAAAUCAAUUUUUAACGACAGUGUUGCUAGAAAAAAUGUCAAAGGAUGAACUGAUCACCAAAACAGUUGCUUAUCAAAGUGAUAAAUCGUUGCAGCUCUAUAUUAUAUUUUUGUAGUUGGGUUUCCAUACACAGCAGAUUUCCAAUGGAAGUUUUGUAUUGUGUUGAAGACGCUCACAGUUUUCACUGUCUGUCCCACAGUUACUGUAAAAUUUCAAAUUUUAAACCCUCUUUUCAUGAUUUUUACAAACACUCAUUCAUUUUACAAAACUUGCUUUUAGGGUUUAGUUGAAAAUAAGGUAAAAUACAGGAUGUUCAUUCACUUUGAUGCUGAGAAGUAGAAGUCAGCGCAUGUGGGAGCCAGGAGGUGAUUAAACAAGGAGCGUAAAGUUAAAAACUCUGCCAGAAAUGUAUGGUUUUACAGUAAACCAUUGUUUAUUUGGAAGUUACUGAAGUACAAAUACCAACGAGCCAAGACGUUAAGACAGGAAACUGUUUUUCAUGUUGCAGUUGAUAAGUGAAUUUAACUUAGUGGAGCCAAGAAGUCAAGGAAAUGAAACUAAAAAGUAAGUUUCAUUAUAACUCACCAAAAAAAGUAUUGAUGAUAACCUCCCAGCUCGAGCGGCACAAACAUGAGAAUCCUUCAAAGUUCCUUUAAAGUGAACUUUUACCAGUUUUGACAUUCUGCCGUGGUCAACUUUAACUUUUCAGUACGUGAAAAAAACACAAAAUAAAAACUAUUGUCAAGGAGAGAAAUCUGCAGAGGGAACCCACGACUCCAACUUUGACCUGACGACUGUUUCUCAGCACGAUGAACCAACGUUAACCGUCCACGCUGUGUUGGAAUAUUUCCUGUGUGGCACCUGAUUCUUCCAGAGAUCAUAACCUCAGCGAAGGCAUUGAUUGUAUUGAAAUGGCGGCUUUUUGGUUUCUGUUGAAAACAAACAGUAUUUAAAUGUUGAAAACUACUGACAUGAUUUGUGCAUGUUUUUUUUAUUUAUGUGACACCACUUUUGAAUCUAAAAGAAAAAGCUCUUAACAGUAGAUUUACCCUCUGGUGGUCGGGGAGCCUGUCUGUGAGCAGGGGGACUCCAUAUUGUUUCCUGAGGUGUGAACAUCUGUAUGAAUUUAAAUUUGUCAAAUGUUCUCUGACUUUCUGUUCCGUGUUCUGAAUCAUCUCCCUGGUGGGACGCAGUUUCUCUCUGACUUUCUGUUCUGAAGACACAUUUUUUUCUUUUUCUCACAGAUUUGGGAGGAUGCUGUAUUUAUUUAUUUGAACGGAUGCGUUGCCAUUUUCUAUCUACAACUCUUAUGUUAAUGAAGCAGAAGUCAACAGGGUGGUUUUCCUUCUUUCUUUUUUUUUUUCUUUUUUUUUAAAUAAACGCCAUUUUUGAACAUGCUC